UUUUCAACCUGUGAAUGUCUCCGACAUGAAAUGCGAUAUUCCCGAGCUCAAAGGGGAUAACUAUAAGGUGUGGAAGGAAAGAAUCCUGCUUCAUUUGGGGUGGAUGGACAUUGACUAUGCUAUUCAGAAAGACGAACCGCCUCCGAUUACUGAGGAGAGUGAGCCUGAGGAGAUUGAACUUUAUGAAAGGUGGGAGCGAUCUAAUCGCCUCAGCGUUAUGUUCAUAAAGACAAACAUCUCAUCUGGCAUUCGGGGUUCGAUCGAGCAGUAUGACAAUGUCCGUAUGCUGCUGAAGGCUAUUGAUGAACAAUUUGAGUCUUCAGAUAAGGCGUUGGCGAGCACCCUGAUUAUGAAGUUUUCCACUUUGAGGCUCACCAGUACCAAAGGAGUGCGUGAUCACAUCAUGCAAAUGAGGGAUUUAGCGGCCCAACUCAAAACACUUGAGGUCACCAUGUCUGACUCUUUCCUUGUGCAUUACAUUUUGAACUCUUUGUCGCAGCAAUACGGACCCUUCAAGAUCUCUUACAACACACAUAAGGAUAAAUGGUCGAUCAACGAACUGUUGAACAUGUGUGUUCAAGAGGAAGGGAGAUUGCUUAUGGAAGGGGGAGAGAGUGGGCAUUUGGCAACUCAAGGAAAAGUGAAAUACCAAGCCAAGAAGAAAGGGAAGGAAAAAUUGACUUCUCAAGGAAACAUCAAGAAGGAAUCCAAGUGUUUCUUCUGUAAGAAGAAGGGACACAUGAAGAAGGAUUGACAGAGAUUCCAAGAGUGGCUUGUUAAGAAAGGGUUUGCAAAACCUAAGGAAGCCAAUGGGAAGUGAGCAAUGCAUCUAUUCGGGAAACAAGAUGCGCUCACAUGUGGAGGCUGUUGGAACAUGUUAUCUAGUUUUAAGUAAUGGUUAUGUACUUAUGUUGGAAAAGACCUUUUAUGUUCCUGGUUUUUCUAGGAAUUUAAUUUCUGUUUCAAGACUUGUACCUUUUGGAUAUUCCUUCAA